CGGCGCACGCCCCGGACGGGCCCAGCAAACGAGCGAGCGAGAGCCGGCAGGAGGAGGAGGAGGGCAGCGAGGAGGCGAGGCCGCAGAGGCGGAGGGAUCUGCGCAUCAAAGCGAGCGAAGCGAGCAAAGUUUGGCUGGGGGCUGGACUUUCCUUCCCGGAGGCGGCACCCAAACAGCCACUCCGUGCGGAAACCCAAACUUUCUGCUGCCACUCCGAGUCUCGCGGCCGCCGCCUCCGCCCCGCGAUUGGGGCCUUCCCGAUCCGGCGCCGCUGCUGUCCACCGGCCCGCCUGCCCGGCGCAGCUCUUCUCUUUCUCGCCGGAGCCGCCCGGGCGCAGGGCGGUGCGCCGAGCCCCGCAGGCUGCAGCGCCGCGGCCCGGCCCGGCGCACCGGCAAGUUCGCCGAGAGUUGAGGCGAAGUUUGGGCGGCGCGGCCGGCCCCGGGCUCCGCGCCCCCGGCGUCCCGCCGCGCCCAGCCCCGCCGGGGGCGCCCCUUGCUUCUUGCGCUCCCUCCCCAACCAUGUCGUCCAUCCUGCCCUUCACCCCACCGAUCGUGAAGCGCCUGCUGGGCUGGAAGAAGGGCGAGCAGAACGGGCAGGAGGAGAAGUGGUGCGAGAAGGCAGUCAAGAGCUUGGUUAAGAAGCUUAAGAAGACUGGGCAGCUGGACGAACUGGAGAAGGCCAUCACCACGCAGAACGUCAACACCAAGUGCAUCACCAUCCCCAGGUCCUUGGAUGGCCGGCUGCAGGUGUCCCAUCGGAAGGGGCUCCCCCAUGUCAUCUACUGCCGCCUGUGGCGAUGGCCCGACCUGCACAGCCACCAUGAGCUGCGGGCCAUGGAGCUGUGUGAAUUCGCCUUCAACAUGAAGAAGGACGAGGUCUGCGUGAACCCCUACCAUUAUCAGAGGGUGGAGACGCCAGUUCUACCUCCUGUGUUGGUGCCACGGCACACAGAGAUCCCGGCCGAGUUCCCCCCGCUGGACGACUACAGCCAUUCCAUCCCUGAGAACACCAACUUCCCCGCCGGCAUCGAGCCCCAGAGCAAUAUUCCAGAGACCCCGCCCCCUGGCUACCUGAGUGAAGAUGGAGAGACCAGCGACCACCAGAUGAACCACAGCAUGGACGCAGGUUCUCCAAAUCUGUCCCCGAAUCCGAUGUCCCCAGCACACAAUAACCUGGACCUGCAGCCAGUCACCUACUGCGAGCCUGCCUUCUGGUGCUCCAUCUCCUAUUACGAGCUGAACCAGCGUGUUGGGGAGACAUUCCACGCCUCGCAGCCCUCCAUGACGGUGGAUGGCUUCACCGACCCCUCCAACUCGGAGCGCUUCUGCCUAGGCCUGCUGUCCAACGUCAACAGGAACGCUGCGGUGGAGCUCACGCGGAGGCACAUCGGGAGAGGUGUGCGGCUCUACUACAUCGGAGGGGAGGUCUUCGCGGAGUGUCUCAGCGACAGCGCUAUCUUUGUCCAGUCUCCCAACUGUAACCAGCGCUAUGGCUGGCAUCCGGCCACCGUCUGCAAGAUCCCACCAGGAUGCAACCUGAAGAUCUUCAACAACCAGGAGUUCGCAGCCCUCUUGGCUCAGUCCGUCAACCAGGGCUUCGAGGCUGUCUACCAGUUGACUCGAAUGUGCACCAUCCGCAUGAGCUUCGUCAAAGGCUGGGGAGCAGAGUACAGGAGACAGACAGUGACCAGCACCCCCUGCUGGAUUGAGCUGCACCUGAAUGGGCCUUUGCAGUGGCUUGACAAGGUCCUCACCCAGAUGGGCUCCCCCAGCAUCCGCUGUUCCAGCGUGUCUUAGAGACCUCGGGUGUGAAGAGGGAGGGUAGGGGAGGGCGGGCUUGGGGAAAAUGGCCAUGGAGGAGAAAAGAGAAAAUCAGAACUCUACUCAACCCGUUCCCAUCAAGGAAGAAAAUCUCCCUCAACCAAGGUGGCACCAACCUGUUUUCCAAAGCACAGAAGCAAACCUAGAGAUGGAUUCUGUGAACAGUUAUAUCUGCUGAGACACAUAUGCCCUUGACCCCAGUUUGAAGGGCGAGAAAUGGCUUCUGCUCCCGUGGCUAGUGCCAACAGGUAGUUUCACCACCUGCCCCUCCCCACAGUCACUUCCUUUUUAAAAUGAGAUGUGGGAUGUCACAGUCCAACAGGAAAGCUCCUCUGCCCUCAGCUUGGCAUGGAAUUCUUCAUGCAAGGGUGUUCUAGCUCUCUGGCACUUUGGUGAGAGCCUCUCGGAUUGAGCAUUCCCAGCUGCACCCCACCAGGCUGGCAGCAGGCACCUGAGGAGCUGACUGCGGGUGGGGAGGGGCUUGUCUGGUGGCCCCCCUCUCAGAACAUACUGCUUGGUGUGAGCAAGCGUGUCCAGCAGAAUGUGUUCCUGGGACUGUGGGAAAAGUGGACGACAGCCAUCUCUUCUUUAAAAACUCUUCUUUGUCCUUCCUCACUUGGAAAAGCUGGAAGGAUCUGCUGAGGCUCAGUGCGUAUGCAACGUAUAGUUUCUAUUAUCACAUUAAUCUCAAAGAGAUUUGAGUGACUUAAGUGUUCACAUGAAGCGAAGGGCAGUUGGGGUGUGAGGCAGCACUACAGCGAGCGCGUCCCGGGCCGUCUCACGCCAUAUUCCGAUGCACUCGGCUAUGUUGGUUUAUGUAGUCAGUUGCAUUAAUUAAACCAACUUUAUCCUAUGCUCUUUUAAAUGUUUGUUUUAUAUUAAAAAAAAAAAGUUCCUGGGUAGGCAUACUGACUGGGAAAGCAGACUGGGACCCAGCAACUACUUCUCCCCCAAGGUGAAGCCUUUUCCAAGUUCUGUUGAGACACCUGCCAGCGCUUUUGGAAGCUGCAAUGAACAGAAGUAAAUUCACCAGAAGGGAAAAAUCUCAGGCUAACAUAGGCAAAUGAAAAGGGCUAUUAAAUUUUUUUUAUAUGCUUUUGAAAAUUGCAGGCUUGGUGCAAAGAGAGCUGUCAUCUUCGCCCUGGGAUGUGAGGUCAUGUAGCUCACGGUAGAGGACCUCGGUGACAACCACAGCAGCGAUGCCGUGUGUUAAGUGCGGCACCCAGGGGCAAGUAGGCAGAAAACUAGUGUAAAUCAUUUCAACUGGAAAGAGAAAAAUGGACCUGGUUCUUUUACUGGCCUUCUGCAGAAUACAGCAGACACAGGAUUGCCACCUGCAACUGGUACUUUAUUCUUUGCUGCUGUUUUGUAUGAGAUGACUUAUCCACAUCUUUGCAUGAAUUUAUACCAGGAAAAAAAAAGCGGGGGGGGGAUUUCCUAUGGAAGUCCUGUCUUAUUCUAGGUAAAGGGAAGAAAAUGGAUACUUUUGGCAGGUUACAAACCACAAAUGUGAUAAAAUUCCUGACGCUCAAUGAAGAUGUUGGGAACUUCCCGGCAUCUCACCUGCAGGAUCCUGUGCCCCUGCAGCUUUGGUCUUGAGAUUCCCAUUUAGGAGAGCUGCCCCUAAGCCUCCUGAAGACACAGGAAGAGACGGAACACCUUGCCUGAUCUGUGUGAGUCUUCCCACAAGGGUGUUGACACAGAACCGAGACAAUACAAACCCCUUCACUUCCUCUGAGAGGUGCACAUGCUGUGGGUAUGGAGUCUGUGCUUGGCUGAAAGCAGUCUGUGGACUGCUUCUUACGCACAAGAGGCCUGCUGAACCUCCCGUGUGUGCCUACGUGCUCCUGGUCAGCUCAGAGCUCUGAGGCAGGAAUAUUCCAUUUUGGCUUCUGCUGGAGCGAUCACUGGCCCUCUCUGGCAAGCCGCAGGCAGUGGUUUCCGAGGCUCGCACUCCUCACCUGUUACAUAAGAGCUUCCUGUGGCACAGCUGUCCUCCAGGUGCUUGGGGACAGCUUCAGGUGUAGCACAAUUUUGAUGAUGUGCUGGUCAUAACUGGCUACAUUUUGGGGAGUGUCUUAGAACCCUCAGUGCUCACAUCUGAUGGCUGCUUCUAGUUGGCAUGAAGUUUGAGUUUUAUGUUUUUUCCAAAGGCUGCUUCUUUGGCCCUUUUCCUUAAUAGACCACCGGAGGAUAUGUGAGGAAAUGUAGGCAGACCUACCUUUGGCAUCGGUGAAAAUAAAUUUGGUCAUUCUUAGAGGUUAGGGAAUGGCGCCUUUCCCAUCCUGGAACGCAGAUAAGUCCUUUGGGCAUGUGUAAUGUUAGUGUCCUUUUUAAGCCACAAAACUAGUUUCUUAGUUUUAAAUCUUAUAUGAAUGACAGUUAUACAUUUAAAAACUUUCUUAAAGGACAGCUGAAAGGGGCAAGAGGAAACCAGGGCAGUUCUAGGUGUGGCAAAGGCUGCUGGACAGCAGUUUUAAGUGUAGUUUGCUCAGGCAACAUGACCACGUGUGCUGCCCCCACUCCCCCAUGUCCUCGGCACUCCCAAGGAGCUGGCUUUUAGUACCUCUCCUCCCCCACUCACCCCUGCUGCCCAACUUAAUUUAGUAACAGAUCCUCCCGUGCAUACGCAGGUAGCUGCCCCAGCCGGUUUGGAUUACAGGCCUGUGCUGGCACAUCAUCUCGGCUGGCCACCUUCUUGGCAGGCUGUAGAAGACCUGACACCUACGACAAGCCUAGAGUCAGGAGCAGGGACUCUGACUCUUGGGAAGAAUACACAUGAGGGCAAUGCUGCUGGCAGACUUUCCCAUUGUCCUGAUGUGAUCUGUUGUAUUUUUUUUAUUGACCGUGAUUAUUUUUUUAAAUCAUUGUUAAUGUAUUGAAAUGAGCUGUAGCACAUAUUGUGUGCUUAGUUUGUUUUGUUUUUCUCCAUCUCCCCUUGGCUUCCUAGAGUCUGGACCUAGUUGAGGGCUAAAUGCUUUUACUCAAACCACAGAAGGUUUUCUUUAGGUAGUUCUGUGCAUGUUGUGCACGGACAUAGUUGUCCAGGGGGAAGGCAAACAUCCGACUUCAUUCUUAGCCCUGAGCUGCCAUUUCUGAGGCUUCAUGAUUGUGUCCUCUAGUCCUUAAAAGGAAAGGCCAGGAAAGGAAUCUAAAGGCUGCUCACAGGACUGUUUACCAAGGGGGCCACAAGCAGCUAGAGAUAGCACAAGCUUAUCUCUGGACCCUGUUUCCUACAGUGGGGCUUUGAGUGGGCAGUUAGGUGUUUCCCGAGAAUGUCCAGGGGUCUCAUUUUUACGAGAAGAAACCCUUAUUGUACAGCUAGGUUGUGCCAUUUUUCUUUUUGUGGCAUCAACGUUCCCUCAGAGGACCCCUUCAAGUAACAGUCUUUAUACAAUGUCAACCCCCCUCUUAAGGAGCAGCUGCCACUUCUUGAGUGGAUGGAAUGCAGAAAACACACUCAAGAGAAUGUGGGUCACCAUGACAAUGUAGCACCCCUGAUGGGAGGUGUCAGUCAGCGGGACGACUUGGUACACAGGCACCUCCUUCAGAAACACAGCUGUCGUAGAAAAGAAACUCACCUCUCGGGUAAACUGGAGUGAGAAAUUCUCAGAUUCUGUAACUGAUUUUUGUUUUUUUAAUGCAGAAGUAAGGGAUACUCUAGCAUUCUGGUGUUUUUAUAUUUAUGUAAUAAUUUCUUAAAACCAUUCAGACAGAUAACUAUUUAAUUUUUUAAGACAGUUGCAAAGGCCUCUCCUCCCAAGGUUGGUGGCUGGAAGAGUUGGGUACAGCCAGUUCUGAAUGUUGGUGCCUCGAGAGGUAUAGUGGCUUUUUUGGCUCGGCAUCUAGAAACACCAAGCCAGGCUGGCCACACAAGUGGCAGCUGUAAAAUCAGGCAGCUCUGAAUCAAAUCCAGGGCCCCCACCUUCCUGGGGUGAAGACGCACCCAGAGAGGUAGCCACCUUUAUCCAGGAGGCCUGCACUGCUGCCACCACCAGUGGGCUAUUUUGGACUCGUGUUGUGUGUGUUGGGGGCAAAGACGAGAAUGUGGAGGAUGUUGAUUACCUUCACCAUUCAGCCAGCCAGACCUUUCAAUAUCUUUGUAAAAAGCAUGUACCUAUUUAUAGUGUUUUAGAUUUUUCUAAGUUUUGUAUCUUAAAAGCAGAGCACCUGUUCUAAGCAUUGUACCCCUGUUGUUAAAGACCCGUGUCCAUUCCUCCUCCCUUCCUCUUGUAAGUGCCCUUCUAAUAAACUUUUCAUUGAAAAGCUCCUAGGCCAGGAGCUCAGUCUGA